AGCAUCCAUCCCCCUGUAUGGUCUCUCUCCACUGGCCAUGCACGACCGUUUCUCUCCCCAACCGUGGAUUUCCUAUUACUCUCGUUACGACUCACUGAGCCCCAGGCCCAAGGAUAAUGAUGUGUUGUUUCUUGGUAGCAUAAUUUGUCACACGUACAUUUUUUCUUCUUCUUCUCUUGCAGAAAGCUCUGCGCUCUCUCUCUCUUUCUCUCUCUCUCCUUCUCCCUCUCCUACAUUUUCUUGCUGUUGCUAAUUCAUGGUGAUCAAAUGAUGUACGACAAAAUAAAUUGUAAAGAGUGACUGCUCCGAGUUGGGAACCAGAAGGUUGGGUUUUUUUUGGAAGGAGCGAUCAAACCUUUAAAAAGGAAGGACAAUUGAUUUUUUUGGGGGGGAGCUUAAGUGAACCUUUACUUUGGCCGCUGGUUGUGGAGCAGGUUGGAGGAGGGUUUAAAGGCAGGUGCGUUGAGGCUGCUCGCCAUGUCCAGAUCCGGGGACAGGACCUCCACCUUCGACCCCAGCCACAGCGACAACCUGCUGCAUGGCCUCAACCUGCUGUGGAGGAAGCAGCUCUUCUGCGACGUGACCCUGACGGCCCAGGGCCAGCAGUUCCACUGCCACAAGGCCGUGCUGGCCUCCUGUUCCCAGUACUUCCGAUCCCUCUUCUCCAGCAGCGGCGGUGGCGGCAACCCCCAACCCCUGGCUCUGGGGCCGGGCGCUCAGGACGGACUGGGCCUGGGGGGACCCCCCAAGGAGCAGCAGCAGGAGGAGCCCGGCACCCCUUCUUCCUCCCCAGAGGACAAGCUGCUGGCCAGCCCCAGAGCCAUCAACAACCUGGUGUUGCAAGGCUGCUCGUCCAUCGGGCUGCGCCUGGUGCUGGAGUACCUGUACACGGCCAACGUGACCCUGUCCCUGGACACGGUGGAGGAGGUGCUGUCGGUCAGCAAGAUCCUGCACAUCCCGCAGGUCACCAAGCUGUGCGUGCAGUUCCUCAACGACCAGAUCUCCGUGCAGAACUACAAGCAGGUGUGCAAGAUCGCCGCCCUGCACGGCCUGGAGGAGACCAAGAAGCUGGCCAACAAGUACCUGGUGGAGGACGUGCUGCUGCUCAACUUCGAGGAGAUGCGCGCCCUGCUCGACUCGCUGCCUCCCCCUGUGGAAUCGGAGCUGGCGCUCUUCCAAAUGUCCGUGCUCUGGCUGGAGCACGACCGGGAGACCCGCAUGCAAUACGCCCCGGACCUCAUGAAGCGCCUCCGCUUCGCCCUCAUUCCGGCCCCGGAGCUGGUGGAGCGGGUCCAGUCGGUGGAUUUCAUGCGCACCGACCCCGUCUGCCAGAAGCUGCUGCUGGACGCCAUGAACUACCACCUGAUGCCCUUCAGGCAGCACUGCAGGCAGAGCCUGGCCAGCAGAAUUCGCUCCAAUAAGAAAAUGCUGUUACUGGUCGGAGGAUUGCCUCCCGGACCUGACCGGCUACCCAGCAAUUUGGUUCAGUAUUAUGAUGAUGAAAAGAAGACAUGGAAAAUACUGACAAUUAUGCCAUAUAAUAGUGCCCAUCACUGUGUUGUGGAAGUAGAAAAUUUCUUGUUCGUUUUGGGAGGAGAAGACCAGUGGAACCCGAAUGGGAAACACAGUACAAACUUUGUCAGUCGAUAUGAUCCCAGGUUUAACAGCUGGAUACAACUUCCACCCAUGCAAGAGAGGAGAGCCAGUUUCUAUGCAUGUCGGCUUGAUAAGAACUUGUAUGUGAUUGGUGGAAGAAAUGAAACUGGCUACUUGUCCAGCGUGGAAUGCUAUAAUUUAGAGACAAAUGAAUGGCGUUAUGUAUCUUCUUUACCGCAACCUCUAGCAGCGCAUGCAGGAGCAGUGCACAACGGCAAGAUAUAUAUUUCGGGGGGCGUUCAUAAUGGAGAAUAUGUCCCCUGGCUGUACUGCUACGAUCCUGUAAUGGACGUCUGGGCCCGAAAACAGGACAUGAACACAAAGCGAGCUAUCCACACUUUGGCUGUAAUGAAUGAUCGACUGUAUGCAAUUGGAGGAAACCAUUUGAAAGGUUUCUCCCAUCUUGAUGUCAUGCUUGUGGAAUGCUAUGAUCCAAAAGGUGACCAGUGGAAUAUUCUUCAGACUCCUAUUUUGGAAGGUCGCAGUGGCCCUGGAUGCGCAGUUCUUGAUGACAGUAUUUACCUUGUCGGAGGCUACAGUUGGAGUAUGGGAGCCUACAAAUCUUCUACUAUUUGCUACAGUCCUGAGAAAGGAACCUGGACAGAACUAGAAGGAGAUGUAGCUGAGCCACUUGCAGGUCCUGCAUGUUCGACUGUCAUACUGCCAGCCUGUGUACCGUACAACAAAUAAUAUUCGAGAAGCACUGAAAUGAACAAUAUUACAUUCUGGAAAGUAAUAACGGGUGACGUAAAUAUUUUAAUAGAACAGAAUUCCUGGCAAAACAAAACUACCAUAAUUGACCCCUUAUCUCAGAUUUAUGCUUUAAAAGCAAACUGGGAACAAAAAGUCUCAUCUCAGAUAGAUGCCGGUGUCUUGUGAAGCAAGUAGCCAGAACACACCGAACAUUACAUGCUGACAGACUGCCAUUUCAGACUGAUUUUAACUUUUUUCCCCGCUACAGAAAUAUUCUUCACAUGGGUUUUAACUUUUAAAAAUGAAGGCUAAAUGUCCAAAUACAGCCUGAAAAGACAAGAUCAGUUUUGUGCAUUAUAUUCUACCUGCAUGUGAUCUAUGUGAAGUCAUGAGGGUGUUGUGUUCAUGAAUGCUUCAAAACUCAGAUACUGAAAAGCUCACUCUGCAUUGCAGAACUGUCUCCCCCUCUGUAAUCCUAACCUACAGCUACUUCAUAUGCUCUGCAAGCAACACAGCAUCAAAAUAUCACAAAGGUAAAGAAAUGUCAUUCCAUUUUUGCACAACUUGGCUUCUCAUACACUCUGCCUUCAAAGUCCCCAUAUGUAAGUGUAGUGAAGAGCAGACUACGAUGAAAGUGAUGCUUUACAGAGCACUUCUUGCAAUAGUGAUUUUAAGGAUUAGGAACAAAUUCUGCUCUUAGUUACACUGGUAUAAAUGCAGAGCCACUCCACUAAAAUCAAUGGAAUGAAUGUUUUUAUAGCUGGUGUGACUGAAAUCUUGGCCUAAACCUCAAAUUCUGGGUUUACAAAGUAAGUUUUUCUCAUAAGCAGUUAAAAGACAACACAGUCCAUUAAUACAGUAAACAUACAAGAAUUCUUCUUCAUUUUCACUAACAUUAGAAGUGAACACCCUUGCUAUUUGCUUUCAAAGACAAGACCACUGAAUUUAUGCAUAAUGGUACCUCUUUGGACUUUUAAAUUAGUAUGCAUACAAUUGAAGGGACUCUGGUAACUGGCUAAAAUCCUCGUCUCUGAUUUCACAAUUUGAAAGGUUUUCUCUGUUGAUCCAGAAAAAUACAGGGCUGGAUUCUCCACUGCCUUAUACCUUGUUUAGUUAUUUACAUCUGGUAAAGUGAGUGCAAAAUGCUAUCAGAUCAGAACAGUAGCAUAUGACACCCACUUUACACAGUUGUACUUGAUUACAUAGGGUGCAAGGCAGUGGCAAAUCAGGCCCAAUGUGUUUUUAUGCUUAUGUCUUCCUUUUGCAGCAGUAACUGACUUACAAACACUGUGCCUGCUUCUCCACGUCCUCUUGGCUUACAUAAGGAUUUCGACCUGUACACAAUGCAUAUAAAAUACUUCUUCUUUGAGUGCUUGCUAAUGUCCAUUCCAUGUUAGGUGUGUGUGCUCACCACAUGCACCAGUGCCGGAAGUUUUUCCUUCAGUGGUAUCUGUAGGGACCAGCUCUGGCACCCUCAGGAGUGGCAUGCAUAUGCACCAGUCGAAGGGGCACCACCAGCCCCCUCAGUUCCUUCUUACCACCAGUGACGGUACUGGAACAUCUCCUUGCUUUGGCAAAUACUCUUACCUAUGUUCUUCCUAUUAUUUAUUCUGUUAAUAGUUCUUAGAUAAGUAGUUCUUUUGUUCUCUUAAUAGUUAGUUAAUAGUACAGUAGUUAAAUUAGAUAGUCCCUUAAGGGACUUAGCCCAGGGAUGGGGCAUGCCUCAGUCCCCGGGCUUCAAGCCUUGUGAUCGCUGCAAAAAGCCUAUGCCGAUCAGCGACCCUCAUCAAAGCUGCUUGAAAUGUCUGGGGGAAACCCAUGUUAGUAAUAAGUGUCACAUCUGCAAGAGCUUCAAGCCAAGAACUAAAAAGGAGCAGGACAUAAGACUGAGAGCGCUCCUCAUGGAGCAUGUCUCCAAACCACCGAAAUCAGACUCCACUCCGAGCACAGUGGCAUCAGCACAAAGUGUGCCACCGGCACCGGCCUCCCAAUGCUGGUCCCAGUCCCCAGUACCCGCUAAAAUGCAAAGGAAGCACACCAGGAGAGGGCGUUCUGCAACAUCCCGUACUGAAAAGGAAAAGUCCAAAGAGGAGCAUAGGCCCGUGUGGGACAGCAUGUCUCUGGAGCCCAGCCAGGCACCUGCAUCGCCGGCUAGGCAACCCAGCCCUCCUAGGAACCCACCAGCCACCCCGGGUAGUGGCAGAGGUUCCCAGCACCUGGAGGUCCCAUCCAUGCUGGAGGCCUUCCAGGCUGCAAAAGACAUCAUGUCUUUGCUGGUGCUACCGACACCCCGUCAAGAUGUAGUUGUCUCUAGAGUGAAGCCGGCACUGGGGUCCGUGCAACGGUCUCCGUCUGUGCGUCAUCGCUCCCUGGCACUGCGGCGGUCGAUGUCAAAGCGGGAUCCCCCGGGAGGCGGUUCUGACCUGCCCAUACUGACUGGCCCUGUUCACUGGACUCUCGGCACCGGUCCCUGAGGUGUGGCAUCACUUACCCUAUGGUCAAUGCAGAUCCGUAGCAUGCCACUAGUAUCUGGAAUCAUGGCACCGGUCGCUGGAGAGGAGGCAUCUCUCCUUGGGGCAACAAAGUCCACCAGGAUCAUGAUGCCAAUUGCCGGGACCACAAGACCAGUCCCUGGCACUGAGACACAGCUCUACGGACUCACAGCACCAGUCUCUGGGGUCCCAGAACACUAGACGUCGAUUGCUGGUAUACCGUCGCCAAUCUGCCAAACUCCGCCGUCAGUCCCUGGACAGAUGGCACCAGGACCUGGAACCCCGGUACCUGUCCCCCAGCCGCAGUCGCUGGGAUAGCAGGCAUGGAGGGACCAGGGAUGCAGCAUCAGCACUGCAUUGUUCCCCCGGCAGAAACUUUCCUCCUCGGGCUUAGAGGCUGAGGAGAUAGUGGGUCCCUCUGUACAGCCACACACAACCAGAUCUGGGGGGGCUCCUCCAGGGCCACCAGCCAGUGCAUGGCCCCAGGGCCAGUGGCCAGCCCAGUGGUACUUUUGGAACCCAUAGGAGUUCCCCCAGGUAUCGGAGACUCAAAUGCAGCACUCAGUGUCAGGGGCGUCAGAGAGGAGGUUGGCAACAGACUCCCGCCCUCCCCUGGAAUCAGAAGAGGGAUCUGAUCAAGAGGCCCAGAAGCACCCUCCGGCCUCGACGGAGACCACCCAUGCAAGGGAUGCUGAGCUAGCCCCUCCCCCACCUUCGCCUCCUCGUCAUCCUCACCCGACAAGGCAGUGGCAGGACUGUCCAAGACAGUGCCACAGGAUGAUCCCAAGGCACACCAGGAGCUGCUGAAGAGAGUGGUUGCAAACUUGGGAUUGGAAGUAGAGGAGUUGGCGGAAUCCUGUGACACUUUAUUCGACAUUCUGGCCGCGGUAGCCACAUUUAGGGUGGUGCUCCCAGUACAUGAAGGGGUAGUAAAGCUGGUAAAAGCCUUAUGGCAGACCCCAUUUCUCUCCUGCCCAUUUCCAAGCAGGCAGAGAGGAAGUAUUACGUCCCUGCAAAAGGGUUUGAAUACCUGUAUUCCCAUCCAGCCCCAAACUCUUUAGUAGUCUCUGCGGCCAACGAAAGGGACAGGCAGGGGCAAUCCAGCCCAAUUCCCAAAAACAAGGAUGGAAAGAGGCUGGACUUAUUUGGCAGAAAAAAUUGUUCAUCUGCCAACCUCCAAUUAUGAAUGGCAAACCAUCAGACCUUACUCGGGAGGUAUGAUUUCAAGUGUGGCAGUCUGUGCCCAAGUUUGCAGACUCGCUGCCGGAAGACACCAGUCAAGAGUUCCUGGCGAUUUUGGAUGAAGGGAGAAAUGUGGCAAGGGCCUGCCUGCAGGCUGCCUCCAACAUGGUGGACUCAGCUGCCAGGUCCAUCACAACAGCCAUGUUGAUGACAUGAGCAUCGUGGCUGAUGUCUUCCGGGCUAUCAACGGAGGCUCAGCAAACAAUCCAGGACCUCCCCUUCGAUGGCCUAGCCAUUUUUUCAGAACAAAGAGACACGAGAUUACAUGGCUCAAGGUCUCUAGGGCUACUCUACAUUUCCUGGGUCUCUAUACACCGACCCCUGCUAGAAAGAGAUUCAGACCACAGCAACCUCAAAGACCAACCUGUCAGGCCCGACCGGAGCCCUACCACAGGAAGGGGAAGGGCUAUAAGUGCAGACAAGGCCAACAACCAGCCCUUCUUCCCACUUGGGCUCCUCCCGCUACCCGCCUGAUAACAAGCAGGCGUUUUGAGGGUAUGCCCAAGGGAGACCUCCCAGUCUGCAGCCGGGAUCCUGCACCCUUCUUGUUUUCAAACCACCUUUUUCCUUUCCUCCCCACUUGGGCCGCUAUAACAUUGGACUGGUGGGUCCUCAGCACUGUGGCAAUGGGGUAUACCUUACAAUUUAUUUCUACCCCCCACUACCACCACCCUUCCCUGUCCCUCUUCAGGGACACUUCUCACGAGCAACUUCUCGCCCAAAAGGUGCAAGCCCUCCUGUGAGUUGGGGCUAUAGAAGAAGUCCCCUUACACCUAAGAGGGAAAGGGUUUUACUCUUGGAAUUUUCUCAUUCCGAAGGUCAAUGGGGGUCUGUGCCCCAUAUUGGACCUGCGAGGCCUCAACAAGUAUCUCAAGAAGUUGAAGUUCCGCAUGGUCUUCCUGGCCUCCAUUAUCCCCUCCCUGGAUCCUGGAGACUGGUAUGCCGCCCUCGAUUUGAAGGACGCGUAUUGCCAUUUUCCAAGGGCACAGAAGAUUCCUGCAGUUUGUGUGGGGCAAUCCCACUACCAGUUCAUGGUGCUUCCAUUCGACCUGGCUAUAGCACCAUGAGUGUUCACGAAAUGCAUGUUGGUGGUCGCAGCCUACCUCAGGCGCCACGGCAUUCAAAUCUGCCCGUACCUCGAUGAUUGGCUCAUCAAGGGUCGUUUGCCAGUACAAGUCCAUCGCAGCGUUCAGUUGGUGCAAGCCAUGUGCCAAAACUGUGUCUCUUGAUAAAUUAACAAAAAUCCACAUUGGUCCCAAUGCAAAGAAUAGAGUUCAUGGGGGCAGUUCCGGACUCUACCUGAGUCAGGGCCUUUCUCGUGGAACCCAGAUUCAAGACAAUGUCUGGUCUCAUUGCCCAACUGACGAGCCACCCUAUCACCACAGCCAGGGUAUGCCUCAGACUGCUAGGGCACAUGGCAGUGUGCACUUAUGUAGUCUGACACGCGCAACUGAGGCUCAGACCCCACCAGAUGUAGCUGGCGUCAGUCUACACCCCAGCCAGGCACCACCUGGACAAAGUCCUUACGAUUCUGCAUCAAGUACUUACUGCUCUGGAAUGGUGGUCCAACCCAGUAAACAUGUCUGAAGGAAUACCUUUUGCAGUCCCAAAAACCACACUGGUGUUAGUGUCGGACGUUGGCUGGGAGCCCAUCUCAGAUUGCUAAGGACCCAGAAGUUGUCCCGGGAAGAGUUGGCACUGUACAUCAACGUCAGGGAGCUUGGGACCAUCUGUUUGGCUUGCGAAGUGUUCCUCCUGCAACUAUCCCAUCAAGCAGUUCAGGUGUUGAUGGACAAUAUGGCCUCCAUGUUCUAUGUCAGCAGGAAAGGAGGAGCACGGUCCUCAGUCCUCUGUCGGGAAGUCCUCCAACUGUGGGAAUUCUGUGACCAGCAUGUCAUACACAUCGCGGCUCUACAUUUUCCCGGCAUCCGAAACACACUGGCAGAUCGCCUCAGCAGGUCGUUCUGUUCUCACCAUGAGUGGUCCCUCCACUUGGAGAUUGCCAGAAUGAUCUUUCAGAGGCGGUGAACUCCCCAAGUGGACCUGUUUGCCACCAGAUGGAACAGGAGUGCCACCGAUUCUGCUCCCUCCAAGGGCUCGACAGCAGAUCGCUCUCUGACACUUUUCUCCUGUCUUGGGCAAGUGACCUGAUGUACACCUUCCCACCGAUCCCACUUAUAAGCAGGACCCUCCUAAAAAAUCAAAAGGGACAAAGCCAAGGUCAUCAUGAUCACCCCAGCAUGGUCGCACCAGCAUUGGUUUGGCAUGCUCAUGGACUUGGCAACAGCGUCCCCAUGGAUGUUUCCCAACCACCCAGAUCUACUCUCUCAGGAUCACUGGAGGUUGCUGCACCUGAACCUCACCUCUCUCCACCACACAGCAUGGAUGAUGUGUGUCUGAACCCAGAGGAGCAGGCCUGCUUCAGUCAAGUCCAGCACAUUCUGUUGGAGAGUAGAAAACCCUCCACUAGAGCGACUUACAUGGCAAAGUGGAAAGACUUCUCCUGCUGGGCGUCGGAGUGGGGGAUCUCCCCUACUCAGUCUUCUCUGCAGUCCAUUAUGGACUACCUGCUAGCCUUCUCCUCGAUCAAGGUGCACCUGGCGGCCAUCUCAACCUUCCAUCCCCACGUCCAGGACAGAUCAGUAUUCGCGCAUUAAAUGACUAUGCCCUGGUCUACACUGGGGGCGGGGGUGUCGACCUAAAAUACGGAACUUCAGCUAUGCGAAUAGCGUUGCUGAAGUCAGCGUAUCUUAGGUCGACUUACCUGGCUGUGAGGAUGGCGGCGAGUCGACCGCUGCCGCUCCCCCAUCGACUCCGCUUCUGCCUCUUGCGAGCUGGAGUUCUGGAGUCAAUGGGGAGCGUGUUUUUGGAUUGAUUUAUCCGCGUCUACACGAGACGCGAUAAAUCGAUCCCCGAUAGGGUAGUGAAGACCUGCCCUAUCAGGUUUCUUAAGGGCCUUGAAAGGCUUUUUCUGCCUGUCUGGGGCCUGGUGCCCCUAUGGGUCCUUAACCUAGUCCUCUCUAGGCUCACUGGCCCUCCCUUUGAGCCUCUGGCCUCCUAUUCUCUUUUGCGUCUGUCAUGGAAGGUUGUGUUCCUUGUGGAUAUUAUUUCAGCGAGGCAAGUCGCCGAGAUUAAAGCCCUUACGUCGGAGCUCCUGUAUACAGUGUUCUACAAAGACAAGGUUCAGUUGUGUCCCCACCCUGCCUUCCUGCCAAAGGUGGUAUCGCCUUUCCAUGUUAACCAGGACAUUUUCCUCUCGGUGUUCUGCCUGAAGCCUCAUGCCUCCAAUGAGGAGAAGCGUUUGCAAACCCUGGAUGUCAGACGGGCUCUGGCGUUCUACUUAGAGCAUACCAAGCCCUUUCGCAGAUUGACUCAACUCUUCGUCACAGUAGCUGACAGGAUGAAAGGCCUCCCAGUGUCUUCUCAGAGGCUUUCAUCUUGGAUUACUACCUGCAUCCAUACUUGCUAUGAGUUGGCACAGAUUGUACCUCCACCAAUAGUGACGGUCCAUUCAACUAGAGCUCAGGCAUCGUCAGCAGCCUUCCUGGCACAAGUCCCUAUCCAGGAUAUCUGCUGGGCCACAACGUGGUCAUCGAUGCACACCUUCACAACCCACUAUGCCAUCACCCAGCAGGCCAGAGAUAAUGCUGGCUUUGGCAGAACUGUGUGGCAAUCAACACAUCCAUGAACUCCUACCCACCUUCGGAAAUACUGCUUGGGAGUCAGCUGACAUGGAAUGGACACGAGCAAGCACUCGAAGAAGAAAAAAUGGUUACUAGCCUUCUGUAACUGUUGUUCUUCAAGAUGUGUUGCUCAUGUCCAUUCCAUGGCCUGCCCUCCUUCCCCUCUUUUGGAGUUCUGGCAAGAAGGAACUGAAGUGGGGGAACCAGCGGCGCCCCUUAUAGUGGUGCAUAUUCACACCACUCCAGAAGGCACCAGAGCCAGUCCCCUACGGAUACCACUGAGGGGAAAAACUUCUGGCACCAGUGCACAUGGCGAGCACACACACCUACAAUGGAAUGGACAUGAGCAAUGCAUCUCAAAGAACAACAGUUAUGGAAGGUUAGUAACCGCUUUUUCCAUUCUGGAUCACUGGUGUUUUACAUCCACUUUGCUCUCAGGCCAGCUCCUCAGCCGAUGUAAAUUGGCAUAGCUCCAUGAAAAUCAGUAAAGGCACUCCAGUUUACACCAGCUGAUGAUCUGGCCCUUCAUUUGUAAAGUUGUAAAUGCUUACACUGUGAAAAGCAGUAGGGAUCAGGCUGAGUAUUUCCAAAGCUGUGCAAAUUUCUGUUGAUAUAAAUUGAUGAUGAUGGUACAUAAACAAGAAGCAAACAGCUACUGUACAUUAGCUUCUGCUGCAGUAGGAAUAGACAGGGGGGAAAUCAUUGUGUUUUUUACAUACCGGUAUAUAGAAAUAGAAAAAGGACAAAUUUGGUUGGAAAUUAAACUAUACAUUCAGGCUUCCAAGAGAGUGAUAUAAACAAUGGAGAAUAAAUACUGUGGGACUGUUUCUCCAUGGCAUCACUCCAUUUUUAUGGCAGUGUAACUCUCUUGCAUGCAGCAGAAUUACACUGAAGUAAAACUGGAGUAAUUCAGUAGAGACUGAGGCUGUACAAAUGCAAUAAAGCAAUUGGUGAGGUAGCUGCCCAUGCAGAAAAAGUUGUUUAAACAAAUUAUUUUCCAAAGCCACAGAUAGCAUCACUAAGGAACUCAUAAAGGUGGAGUGUAUAUCCUGAAAUCUCAAUCCAUUUCUACUGUAGAGUGCAAUUUUAGUUGGUUUUGUAUUUAUUUGUAUUGUUCAUAUCCAAGGGAUCCCUUGUAAAAUAUAUUUGGUGCAAUCAUGACUUUUUUCUUUUUUGUUUAAAGUGUAUAAAUAUAUAUGAAAAGGAAACAUGUUACAAUAUUAAACGAGGAAACCUAGAAUGACAUUUAAGAUCAGGAUAAGGUCUGCCAUAAACCACUGACUGUUACCUGUCUCUACUAAAAUGUACCAUUUUAAAUGGGUAUUUGUUGUUCUUUUGAAUGGUUCUUUUUUUACCAAGAUAAUUUAAAGAUUUAUGAGGCUUGUAUGUAAAUCUUUAUGUUUCAGAAAGGCAUGACCAAGGAAAUUGCUAACUGAAUAAGUCACAAAGAAUGUAAAUUUUGUACAGUAUUAGAAUGUGUAAAUGAAGCUUGCUUGUAGGGCGAAAACUUUAAAUAAAACUUUAUGUACUAA